CUGGUUACUUUUUUUAUUCUCCAAAACAAAAUCAGCCCCGGGCAGGCACCUGGCAUGGAAAAUUUCAGCUUUCGCGUUCACAGCCCGGCAACCGAGACAGGGGUGCUGUGCGAGGUGACCGGCAAGCUGCCGUCCUCACCGGCACCGCUGCCGCUCCCCGCCCGGCAGCUCGCUGCUGUCCCGCACGGAGGGCACCGGGCCCGGAGCCUCUCCGUGCGGGGAGCUCGCAGGGCGCGGGCGGCGCGGCCCGUCAGGCGGCUGAGGCGAGGCCGGGCAGCCCGCCACGCGGCUCCGCGUGGGACCGCGCACACCCCCCCCCCCCCCCGCGCCGCAGCGACGCAGCGCCGCGCCAGCACCCCCCCCUCCGCGCCAGGGGUGGGCCGCGCCGGGCGCUCUCGCUGCCUUCCAUUGGCUGGCGGCGCUGCCCAUCGCGUCCGGGGGGCGGGGGGGAGCAGCGGGCGCGCCGAGUCGGUCUGGGCUCAGCCCCCCCCCCCCCCGCCCGGCGCGGCGGUAGAAGUCGCGGCCGCCCCGUUCUGAGGGAACCGCGCCUCCCGCCUCCGGCAGCUGAGCGCGGCUCCCGGCGCGCCGUCCGCCUCGCUUUCGGCGCCCCUCUCCCGUGCGAUCUCGGCGGGGCCGCGAUGGAAGAGGAGCGGGCUGGCGAGCAGAUGAGACCGUUGCUCACCACGGGUCACGAUGAAGAAGCUGUUGUGGAUAUGGGCAAAAUCAGCUCUACUAUCAAUACCAACUUUGAGAAAGAAGAACUAGAGAGCCACAGAGCUGUGUAUAUUGGAGUUCAUGUCCCAUUUGGAAAGCAGGGCCGUCGGCGGCACAGACAUCGUGGGCACAGGCAUCACAAAAGAAAAAAAGAAAAAGAAACUGACAGAGAGGAUGGCCGAGAAUCUCCAUCAUAUGACACGCCAUCCCAGCGAGUGCAGUUUAUCUUGGGUACUGAAGAUGAUGAUGAACACAUUCCCCAUGAUCUCUUCACUGAAAUGGAUGAACUUUGCUUCAGGGAUGGAGAAGAAUAUGAAUGGAAAGAAACGGCGAGGUGGCUGAAAUUUGAAGAGGAUGUUGAAGAUGGUGGUGAUCGAUGGAGCAAGCCUUAUGUAGCAACUCUGUCUCUGCACAGUCUCUUUGAACUGCGAAGCUGUAUUCUUAAUGGGACGGUCAUGUUGGACAUGAGAGCAAGCACAUUAGAUGAGAUAGCAGAUAUGGUUUUAGACAACAUGAUUGCUUCUGGCCAGUUGGAUGAAUCCAUAAGGGAGAAUGUGAGACAGGCUCUUCUGAAGAGGCACCAUCAUCAGAAUGAGAAAAAGUUCAGCAAUCGGAUUCCCCUGGUUCGGUCUUUUGCAGAUAUAGGCAAGAAACAUUCUGACCCUCACUUGCUUGAACGAAAUGGGCUGUUAGCAUCUCCACAGUCAGCACCUGGAAAUUUAGACACUGGGAAAAGUGGAGAUGUUAAAGGUACCGGGGCAGGAGGAAGCAGAGAAAAUAGCACGGUUGAUUUUAGUAAGGUUGAUAUGAACUUCAUGAGGAAAAUUCCUGCAGGAGCAGAAGCGUCAAAUGUGUUAGUGGGAGAAGUAGACUUUUUAGAAAGACCUAUUAUUGCUUUUGUGAGGCUCUCCCCAGCUGUGCUUCUCUCAGGUCUCACAGAAGUUCCAGUUCCUACACGGUUUUUGUUUUUGUUGCUGGGACCAGCAGGAAAAGCUCCACAGUACCAUGAAAUUGGAAGAUCAAUAGCAACACUUAUGACAGAUGAUGUUUUCCAUGAUGUUGCCUAUAAAGCGAAAGACCGAAAUGAUUUGUUGUCAGGAAUUGAUGAAUUUUUAGACCAAGUGACAGUCCUGCCUCCAGGAGAAUGGGAUCCAUCUAUACGAAUUGAGCCACCAAAAAGUGUUCCUUCCCAGGAGAAAAGGAAGGCACCUAAAUUUCCAAAUGGAUCUACUCCUACAGGAGAGACUCUCAAAGAAGAAGGCCAUCAUGCCGGACCUGAACUUGAGAGAACUGGAAGGCUUUUUGGUGGUUUGAUACUUGACAUCCAAAGGAAAGCACCUUUUUUCUUGAGUGACUUCAAGGAUGCAUUAAGCCUGCAGUGCCUGGCCUCGAUUCUUUUCCUAUACUGUGCCUGUAUGUCUCCUGUAAUCACUUUUGGAGGGCUCCUGGGAGAAGCUACACAAGGCAGAAUAAGUGCAAUAGAGUCUCUCUUUGGAGCCUCAUUAACUGGGAUUGCCUAUUCUCUCUUUGCUGGGCAACCUCUUACUAUUUUGGGGAGCACCGGACCAGUUCUAGUAUUUGAAAAAAUAUUAUUUAAAUUUUGCAGGGAUUACGAUCUUUCCUACCUCUCCCUGCGAACUAGCAUUGGUCUGUGGACUGCAUUUUUAUGCAUAGUGCUUGUAGCCACAGAUGCCAGCAGCCUUGUGUGUUACAUCACUCGAUUUACUGAGGAAGCUUUUGCAGCACUUAUAUGCAUCAUAUUUAUUUAUGAGGCAUUGGAAAAGCUUUUUCAUUUGGGAGAACUGUAUGCCUUCAAUAUGCACAAUGACUUGAGUAAACUGACUUUAUAUUCAUGUGUGUGUGCUGCGCCUGAGAAUCCCAGCAAUGAAACUUUGUGGGUGUGGAGGAAUAUGAAUAAGUCUGUGGAAAGUAUAGCAUGGAGUAAUCUUACAGUUCCUGAAUGUUUAGAAAUGCAUGGUGUGUUUCAUGGAUCAGCUUGUGGCCAUCACGGACCAUAUAUUCCAGAUGUUCUCUUCUGGUCUGUCAUAUUAUUCUUUACAACAUUUUUCCUCUCCUCUUUCCUUAAGCAAUUCAAGACCAAACGCUAUUUCCCGACUAAGGUGCGAUCUACCAUCAGUGACUUUGCAGUAUUUCUGACCAUAGUAAUAAUGGUUUUGAUUGACUAUCUUGUAGGAGUACCUUCUCCUAAGCUUCAUGUUCCAGAGAAAUUUGAACCCACCCUAAAAGACCGAGGAUGGUUCAUGGAUCCUCUUGGAAGCAAUCCUUGGUGGACACUUUUGAUAGCUGCUGUUCCUGCUUUACUCUGUACCAUUCUCAUUUUCAUGGAUCAACAAAUAACAGCUGUUAUUAUAAACAGGAAAGAGCAUAAGCUGAAGAAAGGCUGUGGCUAUCAUCUUGAUCUGCUCAUGGUUGGUGUUAUGUUGGGGGUAUGUUCUAUCAUGGGCUUACCGUGGUUUGUUGCUGCAACUGUCCUGUCUAUAAGUCAUGUUAACAGCCUGAAAGUUGAAUCUGAAUGCUCAGCACCAGGAGAGCAACCAAAGUUUUUGGGAAUCCGGGAGCAGCGAGUGACAGGAUUGAUGAUUUUUGUCCUGAUGGGGCUGUCAGUAUUCAUGACCUCGGUGUUAAAGUUUAUUCCAAUGCCAGUUUUGUAUGGUGUCUUUCUUUACAUGGGAGUAUCUUCAUUAAAAGGCAUUCAGUUUUUUGACCGUAUAAAACUGUUUGGAAUGCCCGCCAAACAUCAGCCCGACCUGAUUUAUCUACGUUAUGUGCCACUCUGGAAAGUCCAUAUUUUUACAGUUGUUCAGCUCACUUGUCUAGUUCUGUUGUGGGUGAUUAAAGCCUCUGCAGCUGCUGUUGUUUUCCCUAUGAUGGUUCUAGCAUUAGUGUUCGUUCGCAAGCUCAUGGAUUUAUGUUUCACCAAAAGAGAGCUUAGCUGGCUUGAUGAUCUUAUGCCAGAAAGUAAAAAGAAGAAAGAAGAUGACAAAAAGAAAAAAGAGAAAGCAGAGGCAGAGAGAAUGCUUCAGACAGGGGACAAUGAAAGUGUACACCUUGCAUAUGGAGAAGCAAAUUUGGAAUUUCCUGUAAAAAAACUAAAAUACAGCACUGAUCCCUCAAUUGUAAACAUAUCAGACGAAAUGGCCAAAACUGCACAGUGGAAGGCUCUUGCCAUGAGUACUGAGAAUGCCAAAGUAACCAGAGCUAACCUGAGCCCUGAAAAAACAGAGUGUGUGAAAAUAAAUGUGGAAGAUUCACCUGUUGUGAAAUACGUGGAUGCCGAAACGUCUUUAUAGAACUGAACCAAGGGGAAUUGCGUGUAUUUGUGUGUGUAUAUAUAUCGCUGUAGGAUAUUAUACCAUGGAAGUGUGAUUUCCAGUUUAAGGAGCGUCAUAUAUUUAAUUCUGCCAUUGUUUAGGGCACUGUAGAUAUGCUUGCAUAAUGAGAAGAUUUUCCUACAAAUGAGUGGUAAUCACACUUCAGCUAUUUAUUUUAUUGGAAAUUUUAUUUUCAUUUUUAAAUAGGAAGAUUGUAAUGAAUGCGUAUUAUUUUCAAUAAUCAACAUGUGCAUAAAAGUUAAAUCAGCUUUUGCUGAUGAUUACUGGUCCACUUUGCUUAAAAUUUUGCAAUACCUCUGUUUAUAAUGUGUGCUACAGAAGUUUGUUCUCCAUGCAGGCAGUUACUGCUUUUUUUGCAGGGUAUACUUUUUUUGUGAUUUCAUAGAACAAAUAUUAAUGUGCUGUUGACAAGAACUACUGUGUUUUAUGUCUCCACUACAUGCUAGUGUUUUCUGGAUUCUGUCUCUCCUAUUUUACAGAAGUGGCCUAGAGCCCUAAGUCAGGUUAGUUAAGCCUUAAGAUACAUAUAAAAAUACCCUCUUCUGCUACCUUUUUUUUCCCUGUUAAAUUCACUCUUGGUUUUUCAUUAUUAUCUAGCAGCAGUAUGAGUGCAGUAACUGUAGUUACAGUCCCAAGUCAGUAUUUAUCAUUCUGGACACUCCAUGUUUACACAAUACAGACAGCAAUUCGGUCUCUAGGAAGUUACACAGACUUACCACACUAGUUCUCUUUGAGUCUUUUGUUCCUGUUGGUACUUAUUUUUCCAUCAACUUUCAGAGUUUGAUUUACUCAGCUCUAAGACUGAAAAUUUAGAGUACUUCCUGUCCUUAGCAAAUAGAUUUCUUGAUUUUUAAAUUUACUGUGUAUUUUAUUAAAUUACCUGUAGUUUAAUUCUGUAAUAAGUUUAUGAUCAGUAUUAUUUUAUGGAUUAGAAAUUGCUUGUGGUAUUUGUGUGUACAGUUCUGAUCCUCUCCAUUGUAAAGGGCAUAUAUGAUAGCACACCAGCUUAUUUUUUAAGCAUUUUAUUUAUUUUAAUUAGUAUAAAUUUUUAUCAUGUAAGAUGGAAAAGUAAAUAUUCAUUUAUUAAAAUAAAUGGGAUUUUUGAGGGCUCACUGAUAAAGAUGCAGUUGUACUUGCAUUUUCAAUUUCUAGUGUUCAGCAUUAUAAGAUUUGAAAUAAUGAGAAUUUUAUGUAUAAACAAAGAUCUUGAUCGAUUACCUGUGCAGUUUCCAUUAUUAAUGUUUUCUUGCCUUACACUUUAGGUUUUUUGCUUUAAUUUUUGAAAUUAUUUCUUUUACAUUCUGAAUUGCCACUAGCCCUUUCUGGAUGUAUUACAGUGGCUUUAAUUAGAAUCUGUGCUCAUUUAAAAUGAAGAUACUGUUUGCUUAAUUCUGCUUUUGGCAGAGUUGGGAGUUUUACCAUGGGCCACAUGAUAAAAUUCUCAACAACUGGAAAAGGAGCUGAUUCCAGAGGAGGGCAGAGUUCAUCUGAAAAUACCACUUUAGGUGGAAGAUAAUUGGCUAUUACAAAAAUAAAACAAUCGGUGAGAAUAAAUAGAAACAUUUAAAAAUAGCAUGUAAGUAACAUGGAUUGAUACCGUUCCCUUUCAAUGUAAUUAAUGUUUUUCUUUUUUAUUUUUCCUUUUUUAAUUUGGUUGAAUUCUGAGAGGACAGUUUAAAGAAAGUAAAUCGUAGUGUCCAGCAAUAUGAGUAACUGUAUCCAGACUGUCAUAACAAAGGUUCAGGUCAGUGGCGAAGCAAGUGAGGUCUGCAUUACCAAUUUGACCAGUCCUGUGUAAGGACCUGUAUAGAUGUUCCUUCAUUCUUAGAUGAUCGCAUAGCUUGUGCCUUAGCUUGAGUAUGUGCGCUUUCAGAAAAUACCCAUGUUUUCCCUCUACUCAAACUGAGAGACAGUGAAACUAAGCAGAUGGUCUCCCAAAACUUUCUGCAUUAUUUAAAAACAAACCGAAACCAAACAAAACCCAAACCCAAACAAAACUCAAACAAACAAACAAAUACCCCCCCCAAAAAAACGAAACAGAACCCAAACAAAACAAAAACCCAGCAAAACAAACAAACCGCGUCUGCAGGUUAGUGGUUGACUACUGAGUAGCUCUCGCUAUCAAAGAGGGAAGAUACUUUGGGCAGUUUACGUAGUGUUAUCCACAACACGUUACUUUUGUUCUACUACUCCCAGUUAUGUUUUACACUUAAUGUACACAGUCCUGUAACAGUUUCCAAAGACCCAAAGAAUGACUGUAAGCCUCUUCAAUUUUUAACUCUUUAAUGCCUGGAAUCAGGGUUCCCUGGUGCUGCACACGUUGUAUCUGGCUUCUACUUCAGAAGGGUUAAGUGUUGGUCGAUAUUACAGGAAGUAGAUAUUUUUCUAGGGACGCUGAAUGGAAAAAAAAACCAAAGCCUCCAAGUCUAAUCACAGUAUUUAUUUAAUUUUAAUUGUCUGGAUAUUUUUUUAUCAGUGCCAGAAAUACCAUGGCUUGCAAAGCAGUUUACAGUGACCUUUAGUUCCGCUGUUCUUGGUCAGUAGCUUGUUACAGUUGCACUUUUCCCCCUGUAUGAAUAGAAGAUCUGGUAUGAAGCGUGUAAAACCCCACUGAUAAUUUAUGAUUAAUUGAUUCGCUGCUCAUUUUACACCUUCUCUGCUUUAAAAUCACACGUAGUAUUAAACAGCUAAGGAUGUAGUUUACCGUAAGUAGAUGUUUGUUUUGCCUUAACGGAUGCAAAAGAGCAGUGAUAAUUGCUGUGCACUGAUUUUUCUUUUAUAGGGGUUAAGCCCUGUAUAAACUAUGCCAAUAUAUUUCCACUCCAACUGUUAAGAGGAAAAUAAACAGCCCUGCACUUUCUUUAGAUGCCUUGGUUUCCCAGAAUGGAGCUUAGUGCUACUGUGUGUCUGGCUGCAGAGCCACCUCAGGAAGUCCCUCUCUUUCUCUCUCCUUUGUUUUUUUCUUUUCCUUUUUUCUAAUUUAUUUAUAAAUAUGAAUGUUUACAUAAAGUGUAGGUCUUAACUCUGACCACUCCAUUUAAAUUAUCGUCUAAAAUAUUUCACUUAAAGUGCAGUCUUGUGUUUAAAUUAUAUUCUACAGAACUCAUUUGUAGUAUUUUCAUACGUAUUACAAUGACACACCUUUCAUUCUGUUUACAUAUGCCCAAGUUAAUUACACUUUCUUCCUAGAUUAAGUUUGCAGCUACAACAUAAUAUUGUAUAAGAUUGUUCAGCGAAAUGUUCCAAAUUGCCAAGUUUGUCAAUCAGAAAAUCUAUUAGGGUAGAGUUUGGCGCCCCGCUGGGGUUUUUUCUUUGUCUUGGCUAUUUUUUGCUACACUUAAUGGAAGUUCUCCUGUAAGUUGUUGUUUGCUUCACCUGCAUCUCCCUCUUUACUUGAUCACUUCCUAAUCUGUGCCCUUUGCAAAGGCAGGUUCGAAAGGCUGUAAAACAGGUCUGUAACAAACAGGUGUCGUGUCGCGGAGCCUGCACCAUUCAGAAGGGUUCUCUUGUACAUACGUUCUGUGCAUCGCGAGAUGGAACGGUUCGUGAUCUUCAGUUCACAAAUGUAGUCAGUUAGAUGAGCGGCACCAUGAUCUUAGUUUUCUUUUUGCUUUAUAUGAUUAGUAAUGUUUUAAUUACUCAUCUAGGUCAAAUUAAUUAUCAAGUACAGUACCAAUGUGUGAAAUAACUUUGUUUAUACCAACAGUAAUUUAUUUUGCAGCAGAUUUUAAGACUAGAGGCACACGGCUUUGAGUCAGCAUAAAAAGUAGUGCUAUAAAUAAAGCAAAUUGCUUAAUGAUUUUAAGUUGAUUUUAUUUUGUAUCAUUUAGUGAAAACUGUAGGACUUUGUAGUUGGCAUUGAAGUUAAUCUAAAGACACUUUCAUAUUGAAUUUAGUAACUGUUGAUGUUUAUUUGGAAUAAUGAGUUUGAAAAUCGAUACUUUUCUAAAUGACUUUAUUGGCAAGACACAUCAUUUAUAAUAUUUUUCUUUCUACUGUUGCUGAUUCUCCUGAGCAAAGGUGUCUUCCAGGGUUCAGCUUCUGUAGCUGAACUACACGUUUGAUUUUAAUACUGAUUAUUUGAAAUGUGAUUACAUACUGUACGGUUCGAAGUUUUUAUGACUGCUUUUCUUAUUACAAUGGUGUUUUCUUACUUCAUAACAAAACCCAAAGCAAAUGAAAACAUCGCUCCAAAUGCAGAGUCAACAUUAAGUUUAUACAGGAAAAACGCAACUUGUCUUUAAUGUGAAAGAUCCAGCCUUUGUUGUUUUAAUUACUGCUAGAAUAAAAUUAUCUUUUGUAACGUUUCAGAAAGUCGGUAAAAGCAAUAAACAAUCUACUGAACUCU